AUGCCGCCAAAGUCACAACGACGACUAAUACACAUCAUCCUUCUUGUCGCUGUCUGUCUCGUCACCUUCUGGGUCCUAGACAACGGACCACACCAGGUAGAUAUUCGUCCUGUCAUGACGGCCACUUCCCGGCCGCAGGUGGUGCUGCGCCAGGGCAAAAUCAUCGGGAGCAAGCUCGUUGAAAGCCAUGGCGGGUUAUCACAUACUUUGGAUCAAUUCCUCGGGAUCGCCUAUGCUUUGAGUACCGACGGGGAGAGGAGAUUCAAACCCGCGGUUCCGGUCCCGGAUAGUGAGCUGGAAUUCGAUGCCAGUAAAUAUGGGCAGCGUUGUCCGGCGGGAGAGAAAGAUUCUACACCCAUGGGCGAGGAUUGUUUGAUCUUAAUCUUUUCCGUCCGGCUAUACGACCUAAGGAUAGGAAAUUACCGGUAUUGGUUUAUAUACAUGGUGGGAGUUUUAAUUUUGGGGCGGGGAAUGCGAGACAGAUUUCUAGUAUGGUGGCUUGGUCGACGAGGCCGAUGAUUGGGAUUAGUUUUAAUUAUCAUCUUGGGGCGUUUGGGUUCUUGUCUUCGAAGGUUGCGGCUGCGUAG